GUUCUAGAAACGAUAAAUUCUGGUGCAUGAAGAAUGCCUAUAUAUACUUUGGUUAAGAUCAACUAACUCUAUAUCCAAUAGCUAGCAAGUAAUUAAUAGCUCUGCAAUUUUUUCCUACUCGUAAUUUUAUUCUCAUUUCUUCCAAACAAAAAUUCAGAAUGUCGACUAAUUUUCUCUUGUUAAGCACCAUUGCUCUUUGUAUCAUCUGCGCCGUCUUCGCCUUCGAGCCAAGUCCGUUACAAGAUUUCUGCGUCGCUGAUCCCACAAGCUCAGCACGAGUGAAUGGUCAAGUUUGCAAGAGCCCUGGAUCAGUUGGAGCCAACGACUUCUCCUUCAGUGGGCUCCACAUUCCCGGCAACACCUCGAACCCUAACGGUUCAAGGGUGACCGCGGUGACCGUAGCCCAGUUGCCAGGGCUCAACACCCUCGGAAUCUCCAUGGUGCGCAUUGACUACGCGGCGUGGGGAAUCAACCCUCCCCACACCCACCCGAGAGCCACGGAGAUCUUGACGGUCAUUGAGGGUUCACUUGAAGUAGGGUUUGUGACCUCCAAUCCCGACAAUAGGCUCAUCACAAAGACCCUUCAGAAGGGCGACGUUUUCGUGUUCCCGAUUGGACUCGUUCACUUCCAACGCAAUGUGGGGACUAAAAAUGCAGUUGCCAUAGCUGCAUUGAGCAGCCAGAACCCUGGAGUCAUCACCAUUGCUAACGCUGUUUUCGGGUCGAAGCCCGAUAUUAGCAGCGAUGUUCUCGCCAAGGCCUUCCAGCUCGACCAGAGCGUUGUGCGCAACUUGCAAGCUAAAUUUUAGAGACAUGGGAUUGCGUUUGUGGUUGCCCAUUGUGUUUGUUUAGUUUGAGUUGUGCUUUUGUUUUUAUCUACUUCUUUUGUUUGGAUGGUUGUGCUUCCUUCCUAGCCUUCA